AUGCCCUUUCCUGAUUUUUUAAAAUUAAAUCGAAAACUUUUUCGAUUUAGGUUUAAGUCAAGAGAACAAAGCAGAGGAGUUAUACGAAGAGGUGGAGGAAGAAGACCUUUAAAUAGAUUUGACAGAGGAUUUAGAAAUGAUAAGUUAAAAAAAAAUCAUUUUCAAUGUAAACAUAAUUUUAAAAAUAAUAUUAAUAAUGAAACUUACAAUUCUGAAAAAUUACCCAAACCAAAAUGGAAUUUAUCUAAUCUUCAACCCUUUAAAAAGAACUUUUAUACACCUCACAGAGAUAUAUCUAAUAGAUCGAAUAAUGAAAUUAAUCAAUAUAGAAAUGAUAUGGCAAUGACUAUAAUAGGAAAAGACAUACCUUACCCUAUAACAAGGUUUCAAGAAGCUAAUUUUCCAGACUACAUAAUGAAUGUUAUCAGGAAACAAGGAUUUACAGUACCAACUCCUAUUCAAGCUCAAGGAUGGCCCAUUGCCUUAAGUGGAAAAGAUAUUGUUGGCAUUGCUAAAACCGGAUCAGGGAAGACAAUUGCGUAUAUGCUACCAGCUAUAGUUCAUAUUCAUAAUCAACCUCCAUUAGAACUAAACGAUGGUCCCAUAGCCCUAAUAUUGGCUCCAACUCGAGAAUUGGCUCAGCAAAUUCAAUCAGUGGCCAAUGAUUUUGGUGAAGCCACCAGAAUUCGUAAUAGUUGCAUAUUUGGUGGAGCUCCUAAAGGCCCUCAGUUUCGAGAUUUAGAAAGUGGAGUGGAAAUCGUUAUAGCUACACCUGGAAGAUUAAUUGAUUUUUUAGAAAAGGGAACUACUAAUUUAAGGCGAUGUACAUAUCUUGUGUUGGAUGAAGCUGAUAGAAUGUUGGAUAUGGGUUUUGAGCCACAAAUUCGUAAAAUUGUGGAACAAAUAAGGCCUGAUCGACAAGUUUUAAUGUGGUCAGCUACUUGGCCUAAAGAAGUUAGAGCACUCGCAGAAGAUUAUUUAACUGAUUAUAUUCAGCUAAACAUAGGAUCUCUUCAGUUAUCUGCAAACCAUAAUAUUUUACAAAUUGUUGACGUUUGUCAAGAACAUGAAAAAGAAAACAAGUUGCGUCAGCUUCUUCACGAAAUAGGAUCUGAAAAAGAAAAUAAAACAAUUAUAUUUGUAGAAACAAAAAGAAAAGUCGAUAAUAUAACUCAAAUAUUAAGAAAAGAUGGAUGGCCGGCUUUAAGUAUUCACGGUGAUAAAAAUCAACAAGAGAGGGACCACGUAUUAACUCAAUUUAGAAAUGGAAGAGCUUCCAUAUUGGUUGCGACCGAUGUUGCAGCAAGAGGAUUGGAUGUCGAAGACGUCAAGUUUGUUAUUAUAUUCGAUUACCCAUCUUCUCUUGAAGAUUAUAUACAUAGAAUAGGACGAACGGGACGUUCGGAACAAACCGGGACCGCCUACGCAUUUUUUACUCCCCAUAACGUAAAACACGCAAAUGCUUUAAUUAACGUUUUAGAAGAAGCUGAUCAAAUAGUCAAUCCGAAAUUAGUCGAAAUGGCUAAAAUUGGACAAGGAGGGUCCAAUAAAUCGAAAUUUUGCAGUAAAUCUUUACCGAAACCUUUACCCGGUCACGAAGGUUCUGCUGGUUUCCAAUCUGGAAUUGGAAGGUCAGUCCCGAGGACAACAAAUCGAGGAUUAACAACAAAUUCCGUUGGUCGAACUCUAAUGGCGGAUAACAAUCACGGUCACAUAAAAAAUUUAAAAAGUAUAAUAAAUAGUAGUAAAAAUCGAUUGGGCGGUGGACGGGGAGGAGGAUCCAAUUCGAGAAAUUUGAUUCGAAAUACUUUGAGAAUGAACGGCAUGAAAAGAAGUUGUAAUAAUUACGAAAACGAUAUUCGAUCCUCAGGUUCGAACAUACACAAUUUGAUGUCACCAUCAUCUCAUUUCGUAUUCGAAUCUCAUGGAAAUUAUUAUAAUAAUUAUCAAACCAAUCAAGGAUAUUGCAGCGGAGGAGGAGGAGGACAGCAAAACAGCGGAAGACAAAAUUACGGUUAUUCAACGACGCUCGUGUGA